AUGUCACCAAGCGAAGCAACCAUACCGUCCGAUGACGAGAUUGUCUCCGCAGUUGAAGCGGCGAAGCACUCCAACCCUUCAGCCUCGCGCAACGACAUUUUCGCCCUAGUCAAGACGCUUAACUCGUGGACCAUUUCCAACAAACAGAUCAAGAAAGCCGUCGAUCCCAAACCACCGCCACCACCCACUAUCAUUGGCCCAGCUCUCCCUCCCAUUACCCUUCCGAAGGACGCACUCGCAGCUCAGCAGGCCUACAAGGACACAUCCACUCGCCUUUUCCGCCUCUACGGCCGAGGCGAACACGACUAUGGCUGCAGUCCGAACAGCGACCAACAGAUCCGCAUCGAUAUAAUGCACAAGCGACUUCUUGACGUUGGUUGUCCAGGCCCUUUUCAUGACGAUGACAAGGAAAUCGUUGGGUCCGCCAUGCCACUCCAGGAAAUGCUGAAGUUCUACUAUGCGGCAGGAAAACAGGUGGGCCUGACGAAGGAAGAUGUGGCCCGACAACUGGAGGCAGAGUAUGGCGUGAACCCGCUCCCGUACGAGGUUGUCGAGUCGGAGGAGACCAGAAAGGAAAGACAGGAGGUCUACGCGAAGAAUCUGGGUGAGGGAAAGAAGAAGAUACUGCUGCGUGCACCAGAAGCGCGUAAGUACAUCCAGCUGGAUGCGAAGGGAGAACCGGUGUUUGACGAGAAAGUGCAUGGCGAGUUCACGGUGUUGGUGGUGAAGAUCAAGAAGGGCGACGGGCUGACGGAGUUUGGUCGGGUGUAA